AUGGCUUCUUCUUCUUCUGCCGUUCCUCGAUGGAAGUAUGAUGUGUUCCUUAGUUUUAGAGGCGAGGAUACACGUUAUAAUUUUACCAGCCAUCUCUAUGAUGCUCUGCGCCGUAAACAAAUCAAAACUUUCAUAGAUGAUGAGCUUGAGAGAGGAGAAGAAAUUACAGCAUCACUUUUGAGAACAAUUGAAGAAUCAAAAAUUUCCGUGAUCAUAUUCUCAAAAAAAUAUGCAUCUUCUCCGUGGUGUGUGGAUGAAUUGGUGAAGAUACUGGAAUGCAAGAAGGAAUAUGGGCAGAUUGUCUUGCCGGUUUUCUAUCAUGUGUGCCCAUCUGAUGUUGAUGAACAGACAGGUAGUUUUGGAAAUGCAUUUGCUGAACUUGAAAGUAAUUUUAAGGAGAAGAUGGACCAGGUGCCAAGGUGGAGAACUGACUUAACAAAUGCAGCCAAUAUAUCUGGAUGGGAUUCACAGGUCAUUAGAAUUGUUGGCCUGGAGAUUGCUAUUUCCGAGCCUGAGUCCAAACUCGUCAACGAAAUUGUACAACAUAUUUUGAAGAAAUUGAACAAUACAUCCUCAAGUGAUUUGAAGGGCCUGGUCGGAAUGGAUUCACGGAUGGAGCAAAUCAAAACAUUAUUAUGCACUGAGUCACCGGAGGUUCAUAUUGUAGGAAUUUGGGGCAUGGGUGGUAUUGGUAAGACAACCAUUGCCGGAGAAAUUUUCAACCAUCUCGCAAGGGAAUAUGAAGGUCACUAUUUUCUUCCAAAUGGAACUAGCAAUGUUGAAGGGAUAUUCGUAGACCUGGAUAGUUCCCAAAAGAUAAUGAAGUUGAGUUCCGUGGCAUUUGCAAGGAUGUAUAAUCUUAGAUUGCUCAAAAUUUAUAAUUCAGGAUGCGGAAAUAAUUGUAAAGUGCUCCUUCCUCAAGGCCUAGAGUCUCUUUCCGAUGAGUUGAGGUAUCUCCACUGGGAUGGAUAUCCUUUGAGAUCUUUGCCUCUAAAUUUUUCUCCACAGAAACUUGUUGAAAUUAAUCUAUCUUCUAGCAAGGUUGAACAACUUUGGGAAGGAAACCAGCAUCUUGUAAACUUAAAAGAGAUCAACCUCAGCAAUUGUGUGCAUCUAGCAGAAAUCCCAGACCUCACACAGGCUGCAAAUCUUGAGAGUUUGAAUCUUCAAUUCUGUACAAGCUUGUUAGAAGUUCCCAAAUCUAUUCAAUAUCUUGACAAUCUCUCUGAUUUCAAUCUGAGAUCCUGCACGAGCCUUAUGAGCCUGCCAAGUAGCAUUAAUUUGAAAUCACUCAAGACUCUGAACCUUUCUGGCUGCUUAAAUCUGAAUAAGUAUCCACAGAUGGCAGAGAAUAUACAGUACUUAAAUUUGAAUGAGACUUCAAUCGAGGAACUUCCCCAGUCAAUUGAGCAUCUUGGUAGGCUUGUUGCAUUGAAUUUGAGGGAUUGUAAGCAACUUCGAAAUCUUCCAGGGGAAGUUUGUUUGUUGAAAUCUCUUGAAAUCGCUGACCUCUCUGGCUGCACAAAUAUCACCAGGUUUCCAGACUUUUCAGAAAAUGUAAGAUAUUUAUACUUGAGUGGAACUGCAAUAGCAGAGCUUCCAUCUUCAAUCCAUCGCCUUUGUAGACUGUUUGCUUUGGAUCUAAUGGAUUGCAAAAGGCUUAGGGAUCUUCCAAUUACUAUUUCAAAGGUGACAUCUCUUGAAAGACUUAGUCUCUCUGGGUGCCCAGCCAUCACCAAGUUUCCAGAGCUUCCAGUGAGUAUAAAGGUGUUGUUUUUGGAUGGGACAGCAAUAGAAGAAAUUCCCUCAUCAGUUGAGCAUUUGUCCGAACUUGUUGAAUUGCAUCUACAAAACUGUAAAAGAUUUGAGAUUCUUCCUGGUAGUAUUGUUAAGAUGAAAUCUCUGCAAAAGCUCAAUCUUUCUGGAUGCUCCCGAUUUCGGACUUUCCCUACUGUGGAUAGAGUUGAAUAUUGGUUGAGUUACCUUUGUGUAGAUGGAACAGCCAUAAGAGCAUUCCCCUGGACAAUUAGUACUCUAUUUCCGGUGUCUCGGUUGGAAAUGAGAAAUUGCAGAAAUCUGGAUUGGCGCUUGCAGUCCCAUUAUAGAGAUGUUAAAUUAAAACUUUUGCGUCAACUAUAUCUAAAUGAAUGCAACUUACUUGACAUGCCUUGGAGUCUUUCCUUCUUAACCAAGCUAGAAGUACUGGAUCUAAGUGGAAACAGUUUUACUCUAUUGCCUACAUUAGCGAAACUCCGUAAUCUGGAAUAUCUUAUUUUAAGGAAUUGCUUUAAACUUAUAUCUAUUCCUGAGCUUCCACCAAGUCUAGUGAAACUAGAUGCACACAAUUGUUCGUCAGUUUGUGGCCUAUCAGACAGAUGUUCAGAGGUUGAGGGAAAUAUUUUUGAUUUCCUAUUAACUAACUGCUUCAGCUUGCAUGGCAAAACUGUAUGCAAAUACAACAUCAUUGAGUAUUCCGUAAGGAAAAUUCAGGUUUAUGCCAAAAGACUAUAUACACAGAUGUCAUCUGUGCUGCCUGGGACAUCUAGUGUUUGCUUCCCAGGAAGAAACAUUCCAGAGUGGUUUGGCCAUCAAACUCAAGGAUUUUCAUUAACAAUUCAGCUGCAGUCAAUAUGUGCUAAUAAUCAGUUCCUGGGUUUUGCUCUGUGUGCUGUUGUUGACUUUGGAUUCUUAUUCAAAAACUCUGGUGGAUUCCAAGUUAAAUGUAUGUAUCAUUUCAAGAAUGAAUUUGAUGGUGGCCAUGAGCUCCAUAGCUAUUUUGGCGGUUGGCUUGACUUGGAGGAUGUUCGAGAAAUCUCAAACAAUGUGUUGUUCUUGGGGUAUGAUCCAUGUUUAGAGUGUACAAAAUAUGAUUGGUUUGGAAAAUGCAGUGAGGUCAUAAUUCAAUUCUACUCGGAAGACAGGAACAACAAUCCCUUACAGCAUUGCAAUGUGAUCAAGUGUGGGGUCUGUCCACUAUCUGCCCAAGAUGAUAAUUCCUGUGAUUUCAUCAUGCCACAUCCCCCUGAUCAGAGUCCCGCCUUUGUCCCUACCAUUAAUCCUACGGAAGCCGAAAUGACCAUAAAUUAUUCAAACCAAUCAAAUGAGACUGAUAUAAAUGCAGUGGGGAAUUGCAUGGAAAAUCAGCACUCUUUAUCCCAGCAAAAAGCCUCGCCUGUUGAUCACAUCUUGCAUACCUCAACAAAGAUUCAGGUUAGUUUACACUAA